CUCUCUCUUUCUGUCUUUGCCGGAUUGGACUCAUCCGGUGUGCACGCAAUUUUGUCCUCCAAGUCGUGCAGUUUGGAGACUCAUUUCGGAUCGUUGGGAAUACUCUUUUGCUUUAUUUUGUGAGGCGCGCACAGAAAAAGGACGCAUUGUACCACAAGCCAGGAAGUGAGGAUGUAAGACGCAUGGAUGUGGACCCCCCCCCAUUCCUUCCCCUUGGAGAUAUUUUGGAUUCCCCUUUUUUUUGGAUCGAAAGGCUGAAACUGGAAGCGCGUUGGAUGGACGGUGACUUCUUUAUCUGGAAUGUGAUGCAUUCAGGAACACCAGGGGGGAAUCUGACAUAAGCGUAUAGUGGUGAUCUGUCUGCUACCAGACCUCAGUGCUGACCUCCGCCGUGACCUAUAGCAGCGGGCGGUUAGAGGGGGAGGCCAUGUGGGCCGCACGCCUGCUAGUCCUUGCCAGCCUCUUUGCACCGGCCGCUAUGGCCUUCAGUCGAGCACCCAUCCCCAUGGCGGUGGUGAGGAGGGAGCUGUCAUGCGAGGGCUACCCCAUCGAGCUGCGCUGCCCGGGUACCGACGUCAUCAUGAUUGAGAGUGCCAACUACGGGCGCACAGACGACAAAAUUUGCGACGCCGAUCCGGCGCAGAUGGAGAACACUCGGUGCUACCUGCCCGACGCCUACAAGAUCAUGUCUCAAAGAUGUAAUAACCGGACCCAGUGCGCCGUCAUUGCUGGCCCGGAUGUGUUUCCAGAUCCCUGUCCUGGAACGUACAAAUAUCUGGAAGUCCAGUAUGAAUGUGUGCCCUUCAAAGUGGAGCAAAAAGGCUCCUCAGUAUUCCUGUGCCCAGGGCUUCUCCGCAGGGUCUACCAGAGCGAACACCUCUUCGAAUCAGACCACCAGUCCGGUGCGUGGUGCAAAGAUCCUCUCCAAGCUUCUGAUAAGAUCUACUACAUGCCGUGGACGCCGUACCGGACGGAUACAUUAACCGAGUACUCCUCCAAGGAGGACUUCAUCGCUGGGAGGCCAACAACGACGUAUAAACUCCCACACCGCGUCGAUGGAACCGGCUUUGUGGUGUACGACGGCGCACUGUUCUUCAACAAGGAGCGCACACGCAACAUUGUCAAGUUCGACCUGCGGACUCGCAUCAAGAGCGGCGAGGCCAUCAUCGCCAAUGCCAACUACCACGACACGUCUCCGUACCGCUGGGGGGGUAAGUCGGACAUCGACCUGGCCGUGGACGAGAACGGCCUGUGGGUGAUCUACGCCACCGAACAGAACAACGGGCGCAUCGUCAUCAGCCAGCUCAACCCGUACACACUGCGCGUGGAGGGCACCUGGGACACGGCAUACGACAAGCGGUCGGCGUCCAACGCCUUCAUGAUCUGCGGGAUCCUUUAUGUGGUGAAAUCGGUGUACGAGGAUGACGACAAUGAAGCCACAGGGAACAAGAUCGACUACAUCUACAACACGGAGCUGAGUAAAGACGGCUUCCUGGAUAUCCCAUUCCCCAACUCCUAUCAGUACAUUGCCGCUGUGGAUUACAAUCCCAGAGACAAUCUGCUCUACGUUUGGAACAAUUACCAUGUUGUGAAGUACUCGCUGGAUUUUGGCGUACUGGACAACCGACUUGAGUCUUCCUCUUCCAUAAUGGUCUACAUGGACACCACCACGAGGAGGACAACCACGCAUCCCACCACCACCACUACGACGACAGUCACAUCCACACCAGCAAGGACCACCACGACCAGAAUGCCUGUCACUACUGCCCAGUGGCCCCGAGCCACGUCCACGGCGUCCCCUCCGGCCCAGACCUUCGAGGGACGCUCGGUCUCGGGUGGCAAUGAUGAACGAUCGCCCUCUUCCUCCAGGCUUCCUAACAUUAGGGUGGAGUACUGCAGUCCCCUGGUCAUGAUGGAUGUCUCUUGGCCCAAGACGAGGCAGGGGAUGGUUGCUAAGAUGUCCUGUCCUCCUGGAACCAUAGGCUUGGCCUCCUAUGCUUGCAUGGGUCCUGAGGGCUACUGGGACCCCCAGGGGCCCGACUUCACCAAUUGUACGUCCCCUUGGGUCAACAUCAUCAGCCAGAAGCUUAAAGCCGGCGAGACAGCUGCAGUGAUUGCCCGAGAGCUAGCAGAGCAAACCAAGAGCAACCUUCAGGCGGGGGAUAUCGUCUACACGGUGAGAGCCAUGGUGCAGCUGGUGGAUCUACUGGACGUCCAGCUAAGGAACCUCACACCCGGUGGCAAAGACAGCGCAGCGCGCAGCCUCAACAAGCUGCAGAAAAGAGAGCGUUCAUGCCGUUUUUACGUUCAGGCCAUGGUGGAGACGGUGAACAACCUCCUGCAGCCUCAAGCCCAGGCGGCCUGGAGGGAGCUGGGCACAGGCGAGCAGCUGAGGGCGGCCACCACACUGCUGGACACUGUGGAGCAGGGCGCUUUUGUGCUGGCCGACAACCUGCUCAAGACGGACAUUGUGCAGGAGAACACGGACAACAUUCAGCUAGAGGUUGCAAGAAUGAGCACCGAUGGGAAUUUGCUCGAUCUGAAGUUCCCGCAAACGGGCGGACAAGGCAGCUCCAUACACUUAUCAGCAAACACGCUCAAACAGCACGGAAGAAAUGGAGAGAUAAGGAUCGCCUUUGUGUUGUACAACCACAUCGGAGCGUACUUGUCCACGGAGAAUGCCAGUAUGAAGCUGGGCAGCGACGCCAUGGCGACCAACUACUCCGUCAUCGUCAAUUCACCCGUGAUCACUGCUGCCAUCAACAAGGACGCCAAUAAAGUCUACCUUUCCGACCCAGUCAUCUUUACUAUCAGACAUCUGCAGCAAUCCGAGGAGAACUUCAACCCCAACUGUUCCUUCUGGAGUUACUCCAAGCGAACUAUGACUGGCUUCUGGUCCACCCAGGACUGCCGCCUACUGGGGACCAACAGGACGCACACCACCUGCUCCUGCACCCAUCUCACCAACUUUGCUGUCCUCAUGGCCCAUGUGGAUGUCAAGAACACAGACCUGGUCCAUGACAUGCUCCUGGAUGUGAUCACGUGGGUGGGCAUCCUCCUGUCUCUAGUCUGCCUGCUGGUCAGCAUCUUCACCUUCUGCUUCUUCAGAGGCCUCCAGAGCGACCGCAAUACCAUCCACAAGAACCUCUGUGUUUGCCUCUUCAUCGCAGAGUCCCUAUUCCUGGUGGGGAUAAACCGGGCCGACCAGCCUAUUGCUUGUGCCGUCUUUGCCGCUUUGCUGCACUUCUUCUUCCUGGCGGCCUUCACCUGGAUGUUUCUGGAAGGUGUCCAGCUCUACAUCAUGCUGGUGGAGGUGUUCGAGAGUGAGCACUCCCGGCGCCGCUACUUCUACAUCGUGGGUUACGGCGUCCCAGCACUUAUCGUUGCCGUCUCCGCGGCUGUGGACUAUCGGAGUUAUGGCACAGAGAGAAUUUGCUGGCUUCGUCUGGAUACCUACUUCAUUUGGAGUUUCAUCGGACCGGCAACCUUGAUCAUUUUGCUCAACGUGAUCUUCCUGGCCAUUGCGCUCUACAAGAUGUUCCAUCACACCGCGAUCUUGAAACCAGACUCCGGUUGCCUGGACAACAUCAACCGCCGUUAUUAUGACGGAUGUGUUAUAGUAGAGUGGCACUGCUAUCAGGAUUAUGAACCCAAGAUCAAAUCAUGGGUGAUUGGCGCCAUCGCCCUGCUGUGCCUGCUGGGCCUCACCUGGGCCUUCGGACUGAUGUACGUCAACGAGAGCACAGUGGUCAUGGCCUACCUCUUCACCAUCUUCAACUCCCUGCAAGGAAUGUUCAUCUUCAUCUUCCACUGCGUCCUCCAGAAGAAGGUGCGUAAAGAGUUCGGAAAGUGCCUCCGGACGCAUUGCUGCAGCGCUAAAAGCAUGGAAAGUUCCAUCGGUUCUAAGGGAAGUGCCUCUCGGGCUCCUGGACGUUACUCGACUGGCUCACAGAGCCGCAUACGACGUAUGUGGAACGACACAGUGAGAAAACAGUCCGAGUCGUCGUUCAUGACUGGUGACGUCAACAGCUCAGCGUCUCUCAACAGAGGGGCUAACCAUCUUAUACCUAACGCACUCCUGCGUCCUCAUGGCACGAACAAUCCCUAUAAUACAUUGCUUGGGGAGUCGGCGGUCUAUAACAACCCUCUGGGCAUGUACAACGUGCAAGAGCCCUACAGAGAGACAAAGGGAAUCCUGAACAAUGCCCGGGAUACAAGUGUCAUGGAUACUCUACCACUGAAUGGUAACCACGGUUACAGCAUUGCCAGCGCCGAUUACAUGAGUGACUGCGUCCAGAUCAUCGAGCGGGGCUACAACCACAACAAGGAGACCACCCUGGAGAAGAAGAUCCUCAAGGAGCUGGCUUGCAGUUACAUCCCGUCCUACCUGAACAACUCCCAUGAGCAGAACCGGAACCUCGUGAACAAGCUGGUGAAUAAUGUCAACAAGGAGGGCGUCGGGGGCGGGGGCAUGGGUUACGGGAUGAGAGCAGGGAUGGGCGUGGCCUUCCCCUUGCACCACGAUGAAGGCUUGGAGUUAAUCCAUGAGGAGUCAAACGUGCCGCUCCUGCCUCCUCUGGAGACCCUGCACAAUCACCUCCACCAGUCGCCACCGCCCCUGCCGCUGACCCAUCACCACACCUUCACAUCUGCCGCCCCCUCUCCUCCUUCUUCCCGGAGGCGGAUUCCACAGGAGAACACCGAGAGCUUCUUUCCGUUGCUUAAGCACACUGAGGAUUCAUCUCCGAGCCACAACCAGAGAGACUCGUUGUACACCAGCAUGCCCAUGCUGCCGGGCCACCCUGAUGAUGUGCCCCCGGGUACAAAGGAAGGGGGCGAGGGGAAGAGUCCAGGCGCCAGCUCGGACGAUGUUUACUACAAAAGCAUGCCCAACCUCGGCUCUGGGAACCACCUUCAUCAGCUGCAUUCCUACUACCAGCUAGGACGAGGCAGCAGUGAUGGUUUCAUCGUGCCGCCCAACAAGGAGGACCUGUCCCCAGUGGGGUCCCACCAGGAGCCCUCACACCUAGUCACCAGCCUAUAGGCACCACCCCCUCAUUGCACCAUCAUGUUAUACAUUAUCGCCCAUGUUUCCAUCAGCAGCCAAAAGGGCGGUGACCAUGCUCGAGUUAUGUCUCGGAAAAAAGGCUCACUAGCGGACCUAUACAAAUCCGGGCCACCCCAACGACAUGUCCCCUGGUACCAAGGAAGGGGACAAGGCCAAGAGUCUAGGCGCUAGUACAGACGAUGUUUACUACAGAAGCAUGCCCAACCUCGGCUCCGGGAACCACUUCCAUCAGUUGCGAUGGUUUCAUCAUUCCACUUAACAAGGUGGACCUGUCCCCACCGGGGUCCUACCAGGAGCCCUCACAUCUGGUAACCUGCCUGUAGGCUCAACCUUCACAAAGCACCACCCUUUUAUACAUUAUCUACAGUCCAUCAGUUGUCGGCAGCCUUUUCAUGCUAAAAGUGUGGUGACUUUGUACCAUGCUCUGGGCCGCCCUACCAAAGUAGGGGCCGAGGCCCGGGGUCCAGGCGCUGUUUCGGAUGACGUUUACUACAAAAGUAUGCCCAUCCUCGAUUCUGGAAACCACCUCUAUCAUCUGCGAUGGUUUCACAAGGAGGACCUGUCACCAAAGGGGCCCCACCAGUAGCCCUCACAAUUGAUCACCAGCCUGGAGGCGCCACCCCACCACCCCACCACAAUAUUAUACAUUUCCUAGCGUGUUCCAUCAUCUGUUGUUGGCAGUGCUAGCCUUUCGAUUUAAAAGGGCGGUGACUUCGUACCAUGCACGAGUUAGGUCUCGGAAAACAGACUAGCUUGAGGAACUAUACAAAUCCACCAAAAACAAACAAAAAAAAAGACUAUUUUAUUACCCUUGCAUUGACUUUUUCCAAGGAUUAUUCUUUGUUUUGUUGGAGCUGCAGCACAUUUUGUUUGCUGAAGAAUCAAAGAAUCAUAGCCGUUCUUCUUCUGUUUAUUUUAAUGUAAUAAAACUAAUAAUAAUGAGAGAUAUUUCUAUGUAAUUGUACAGUAACUAGCAUUGCACAUAAAUAGGACAUUUUGGUUUCAGAAGACCCCGCCCCCCUCCCCCCUUUAAAUGUUGUCUAUCAUAAAAACAAACAAAAAAACAUGGAGGCAUUAUUUGUGCAAUGUCUUUUUUUUUCCUCCCCUUUUUUCCAAAUAAAUAGGAGUGUAGAUAGCAGUGCUGGUAAAGAAAGAUUUCUCCGAUUGACAAUUAAUAAUAAAAAAAAUUUAAAAAAUUGAAUAAUUGACGAUGAGCACUUGGCACUUGUACAAAGAUGGCUGUUCGACUUAUUAAAGAAGAAAAUGAUUUUGGAUUGAUGAUUGGUAGUGGAUUUAUUUAUUGGGCUACAACCUUUUUGCAGCGUAGUUUAACAAUGUGUACCGUCUAAGCUUUGCAGGGCUCGCAGGUAAGGUGAGGUUUCCUACAUUCAUUUUUUUUAAUCGUUUUUUUCAGUCUACAAUGAGCAAUAAUACAGUGGGACCUCAGUUUUGGUCAUUAGUCUGUUCCAAAAGGUCAGACGAAAACUGAAACACAGUCAUUUUUUGCAGAGGAAAUAAUAAUUAGGAAAUAAUGUAAGUCCAAUUAAUCUGUUCCAGACACCCAAAAAUAUUAACAAAAAUACAUUUUUAUAGAGAAUAAAUAUAGUCUUACAUGCAGAAAACAAUGCAAAAUAAUUAUAAAUGACAAGUGAAAUGAAUAAACGAACAUUUAACAUCACUUUUAGCUUUAUUGAGGAUUCUUGUUGACGGCAAGGCGAGUAGCUGUUGGGAGCGAAGAGAAAGGGACCCACACUUGACUUCGCUUGACGUGAAUCACACCAACAACAUUUCAACAAUGUUCCAUCCAAGAGUCACACGACUUUAUUUACAUCGACGGAUGCAAUCACAUGCAUUUUACAGCAAACAAAACACUGCUUUACGGCACAACACGCCACAUGUGGCGAUGCUGCUGUAUGCUACAAGCAUCUUCCAUCGUGUGGUCUGUUUUAUUAACACUUUCACCCCUUUCGCAACAUUGGUUUCCUUGAUUUCUUUUUUCUUUGCAAGUGUGGUGACCCACAUGAGUUAAAAAGGACCAAGGUGUUGUAUAUGGCAUCAAUACAGUUCAUCAGAGUGCAUAAAGACCACUCGCUGUGUGCUCACGGUCUCUGAAUAAUAGCUCAUGGCCGCUCUCCGUGCCUUCUGCGCGCUCAUUGUUGAUGAACCGGAUAGACUCACUUUAAACACCUAUUGUCUCCAGGGUCAGAACCAACCCAGGCAGAGUAAUCAGCGGGUCAUCAGGCGGGUCAACAUGGCCUCCUUACUCUCCCGUAGCAAGUCAGUAGACCAUCACAAUAACUCCCAAGCUGCUCAAUAAAUUCAUACUUUAAACGUAUGUCUGUUCUUCAACUCUGACAUCUCCAUCCUCAAGUUUUAACCAAAUUCUGCCACCCGCCCCCCUGGAGAAGUUAGGCAUUUAAAGUGACCAAUCCGAAAGGAGAUGAGGAUCAGGGGAUGUCUCAUCAAUGCCCACCCCCAGAGUACCACAACUCAGCAACUACGAGCGCACAGAAGGCACAGAGUGACCGCGAGUGAGGGUUCGCGGCUUGGAGGCUUUUUUUAAUGGUGUAUAAUCAACGUUUCUGCAACGUUAUAUUAUUAGCUACAAACAGAAAGUGCCACAGUACGUGACAAAUGCACUGGUUUGUUACGCACAAUGUUGGAUGAUAACCGAGACAGUGACAGUGUACGAAAAAUUUGUGCAAAAACUUUCUUAUAAAAACGAAUCAUACGAAAACUGGGGCAUUCGAAAACAAGGGCUGUCAAGUGAUUAAAAAUUGUAAUCAAAUUAAUCACAGUUUUCCAUUCAAUUAAUCAUGAUUAAUCACCAUUUGCAACUAUGUGUGAAAUAUGCCUUUUUUUUACUGUAUUUUUAUGAACAAAAAGAUACAUAUUAGCAUGUAUUAACAGCUCCAAAUGAACUGAACAUUUAAAUCGAGCUAAAAGAUAGCACACAUGUCUGAAAAUCUAUUUGCUGAACACCAGUCUCUUUAAUAGUAGU